AGUGACGCACGCGCGCCCCCUGGCCAACGGCGUGACUCCAAAGGAAGAAAGGAUCGACUGAAGCGUGGUGGGGUGUUCACUUGUUGCUUCUCAAAAGCGAAGAGAGGGGGUCGUGCGGCUACAAAGAUGGAGUUGUUGGAAGUGUCUGGAUACGAUGAGUUUAUGAAGGCGGUGGACGCCAACAAGGAAAAGACAAUCUUCGCGUAUUUCACCGGGUCGAAGAAUGCGCAGGGUGUGAGCUGGUGCCCGGACUGUGUGACGGCUGAACCAAUAGUCCGUGGAGAGCUGAGUAAAUUACCUGAAGGAUCUGUCUUCAUUUACUGUCAAAUCGGUGAUAAGCCAUAUUGGAAGGACCUUGAAAAUAAAUUUCGAACAGUUCUGAAAGUGAAUGCUGUACCAACUCUCAUGAAAUAUGGCACAUCUCAAAAGCUGGCAGAAUCGGAGCUGUUCAAGCCAAAUCUUGUGCAAAUGCUGUUCUUGGAGGAUUGAAAAGUCCCUACUGUAACAGAUAAUGACCAAUGCAAAUGAUGCAAGACCAUCUUGAUUUUCCAUCAAACGUUAUACAAAGUCAAACUGAAUUAUGUUUGUAAUUUGACAGUCUUCCAGCUUCAAGUGUAAAUGUCACUGGCAGCCCCUCAUUAGGUUUCAUUAGUUGCAGUCAAUUAGGGUAUGUUGUGCUAAAUUGUUCUUGAAAUGUUUAAGGAUACUGCAGGGGAAAUGUGAUUAUGUUGUGCCAUCUUAUUGAAUUGAGUACUUGGAUUUUGCUGAUAAUGUACUAGAUUGUAGAAUGUCUUGAGGCAUGAAGGAUUAAUGAUAUUUUGAUAACCAUUGUCUUUGAAUUCUGAAUUUAAAAUGGAAUUGUUCCAACAAAGGUUUUUUUUUGUAAAAAGGCUCAUUGAAGACUCUGCACCAACAGUUUUACACUUAACUGAACAUGUAUUUCAAAACAUAGACAAUGGUUCCUUGGACCAGAAUUCUUGCAUUUUCUACAUAAGUGUAUUGCAGGUAAACUAAUUUUCAAUCUGUAACCUAACAGGCCAGGCAAAUUUUAGCAACAGGGAACUUUUAAUAAAGUUCAGAGAAACUAAUCCCACUGCCUAAGGAUUGGAUAACAGAAGGCAUCAAUUCAUGAUGACCUAAAAAGAGCAGGCAAGUAGUGUAAAACAGGUGCACUAUGGUCAGGCUUUUGACUACACUACCUGCUUAUGUGGCUAGACUGGAUUGAGUUCACUAAGUAACAAACUUAAAAUGUCGUCAUUGCACGUGACACAUCCCAGUUCCCUAGACCUGGUUUGAACAGUGCUCUAUGCAAAAUCUCUGCAACAAGGGGUUAAUACUUCUCUCUCACCAGUUGUUGAAUGGACUAGCCCUAAAAUGGAACAUUAGUGGAGUUGAGAUAUGGGGGUAACUUCCUGGUGAUUGUGCAUGUACUGAUGGCAUCCUUCAAGUCAGCCAAUGGAAAAGCAGGAAUGUUUUGGUACCUCUGUCAGCUUGAGGCUGUAAAUUUCAUUUGCCUGCAUCUUUAAUUAUUCCAAACCAACCCAGCAUUUUUAAAACAAAAACUACCAAGAAAUGAAAUAUACCAAGCAAGGUCACAACAACUUGAAGACUAGGCCUUUUGAGUUCAGGUCUUCAACAGAAAGAAUACUGAGACUUUUAAAAUAAAGCUUUAUUAAAAACACUUUAAAUCUUAGUGUAAAAUUACAAUUGUUAAUUCCUGUUAAUGCUGUGAAGUAAGAUUAAAUUUUGUAUAUUUCAAAGCAGCAAGAAAAUCAAGUCAGAAUAUGUACAAAUGUUUUUCUGCUUCGUUUUAUUCUUUGGUUUGUGAACAUUCUACAUGCAAGUUCACUUCCUUGGGGGUAAUGACUUCCCAAGCUUCAGCUGUGGUAGUGGUUGGUGUGGUGGUAGUUGAUGUUUUGGCACUGUUACCACGAUAAAGAAAUCCAAACCUGUAGAAACAAAAUAAGUAUGCAACAGAAAACCAAAAUCAGCAUAGAGGAUAUCACUAUCAUCUUGUUCUAAUUAUCAAAUUCAGAUAGAAAUGAACAGCAACAUGUAGAAAGUAGUUUACUCCAUAGGGUUAGAACUGGUUAUGUUCUUUAGCAGCAAGGGCACAAGCUCCUUGCUUCAUACCACCCCUCCCUUCCCAACUGAUAAAUUUAAGUACUGAGUGGCUAAAUUUCUCCUUGAUUGACAAGGGAGAAUAAAACUUUCAUAAAGGUGGCAACUGUAGCAGAAACUCAUCCUUAUUACUGUCAUCAGCAUUUCUCAAAAGGUAUAAAAUAUUGUGGCUUGUUAAAAACAACAGUACACUGUCCACAGAUUUGAAGUUUCAGAAAUGCUAAUGGAAAAAGGGAAGAACUUACAAUAUGUGCAUCAGACCAAUUCUUAUUUCAUCCCACCUGAGUCUUUUGUUGCAAAGAAACUGCAUGUCUUAUUUUUAUUUAAGGUCAUGAAGGUUUAUCCCCUUUAAAUGAUUACUACCAGACUGCCCUAGGGCUGCAAAUGGUUAAUUACAUGCCUCCCAUCCAGAGUUUGCAGUUCUUUCAUCUUAUACACAACAUGGCUUUGAGUUUUAUCUCUGGAUUGUCAAGUGUGGUACUUACAAAACAAGUCAAGAAAAUCCCAGCAUGAACUCCUCUUAGGGGGCUGAAUUACCCAAUUUAAGAAAGGCAAAUGUAACCAUACAACAGCAAAGCACAGUAUUAUACAGUCUUAGGGUUGAAAAAUCUGCCAUUUCCUUGCUCCAUAUAUUCAUUUAACCAUUGGUGAGAAGUCCACAAUAUAUUUCAAAAUAUUUGGAUGUGAUUACCUUUAUCUCAAAUUUGUACUAUGGCUACUACACACGCAAGGACAAAGAAUGUGAAAGUUUUUUUAAAAAAAGGAUUGCUUUCAUUGUAGUAACAACUUAAGAGGAAAAAAGGAAAAACAGAAGUGGAGAGUAGUCUCUCUUUUCCACAAAUCUGAAUAAAUGUUCAGUGAACUGAAGCCCAUAUGCAAACUACCCUACACUUGCUACACAUUGACACUUGGACUCUGAUCAGCAAUAAGAAUAGCAGCAGUUUAAAAAAAAGCUUUAUACAGGAUAGUUAGUUUAAAAAAAAUGUACGCAUAUUCCACUAUCCAGUUUAAGAAUUCUGGGAGAAGGCAAAAAAAAAAAGCAGCAAAAUGCUGCCUAAAUACACAUUCAAAAACAAAACAAAACUACACUCAGGUCAGGCUACAGUUAUGGAGAAAGUAAAUUCAGGUUUCAUAUUUGAGUAUGAUGAUAAUCUGGUUUGGACUAAAAGUCAUUGACUGGAAGUGUCAAUCAAUCAAUCAUUCUUUGAAAUUAUGGAUGCUUUCUAAAAACAAAGACAAUUUAUGAAAAAGGCAGCUAGCACAUCCAGCUAAUAUUCAUAUAGAUAAUUUGAUAGCAUUUUGGUUUUUACAUGAACUUAAGUGGCUUGAACAUUUCUUCAUUCAGUUAGUCACCCAACUGAGAAAAGUUGAAGGUUUCUGCAGAUGGAUGACAAAUUUGAAAUUGUCUUGGCUCAUUCAACAAGUGGCAUGUCUGGUAAUCAUACUAUAAAAUUUAUUUCCUACCAAGCCAGACAAAUCCAGAAGGGCUACUGUCCAGCAGAACCCACCUGAAUUGCACGUGACAACUGGUCGUGGAGGGACAUUGAUGGCUGAUGUGGGAGAGUCUGAGCUCCAGACCAUCCCACCCUCCCAGAUUGAGAGGGAUGUGUGGAAAAGGGUGACCUGUAAAGUGAGGGGUACAUUGUGAAUGGGAAGUACUUAAGAGGCUACUUUAUUAAUUAUUCAACAAAUAAAUUUCUAUUAGUAUUUGCCUAAAAAUUAAAACUCAAAAAGUAGUUUUCUAAUUGGAAGAGAGAGAGAGAUGGGUAAAGUUUUGGCCAACAAGUAUGAUAAUUUGAAUCCUGUCAAAUGAGUAUGGUGGAUGGUACUUCAGAUGGUGCAGUGUUCUUUCUCUUCUACACUGAAGCAUCAGCAUAAAAUGUGUCUAGGCCUUGGGAAUAUAACUUGAGCCUGCAGCCUUCUUACACAGACAAGACUGUUACUUGCUGAACCAUGUCAGGUACACAGAAACAGGAAUUUUGCAAGGCUCUGUUCCCAGCUUUAUUAAUUCAUUGGAUAGGAGCAUGGUCAGGUGGAGAAGAGCUUGCCUGUGAUUAGGUUUUUGCUGCAAGCUGCUUUUCCAGAAAAAAAGCAACACUUCUCACUUGGCAGGAGUAAUUCGGUGUUAUUAAUCCUUAAAAUACUAAAAAAACACUGACCUUUUAGAUAUCGGUCUACUCACGUUGACAGAUUGGAUUUGUUUAAGCGAAUAAGGGUGCCAGUGAUCAGUCUCUUGCUUAGGGAAUGUUUAGGCCUUGGGUCUGUAAAUUAUGUAGAUUGUACUUAAAUGUAAACAAAAGGAAAUUUCUCCUCGCAAGGGAAAAGCAAGAACGAUGGGGAUACAAUUUGUACGAUAUAAUAAAAGUUUUAGGUGAAA